GUGUGUGUGUGUGUGUGUAUGUAUGUGUGCGUGUGUGUGUCCUAACAAUAUGAUGACAAAACAAUCAGUGUAGAGGCGAAGAACAAGAAUUUGGAGAGGUCGAGGUAACGAUGUAAAGAAAAUGAGAACCAAUUUGAGCAAGAACAAAUUUAUCAAACUGGAUUAGAAAAGUUUGACGGCUGACCAAAAAUGGAUUAUGAACCCAAGAAAUCUAAAAAGGGUUUGGUGUCCCCCAUUAAGCGUCUAGUGUGGUUCAAAGCCAGUCGCAGGCCGUCAGAGCGCUGCAGCGUUUACCGGCGUCCCCUACACACCGUCCCCCUCUACCCUCCGGAUUUCCUCAUCCACCCUGAGAGACUCAUCUUCGACUAUGUGGAGAAGGAGGUCAAGUUCCUGGGUCACCUGACCUGGGUGUCGGUCUCGCUCAACCCAUCCAGUCGAGAUGAACUGCUGCAACUGCUGGACACAGCCAGGCAGCUGAGGGUUCUGCCAUCCAAGACCAGUGUGGAGCAGGACUGCAUCUUGAGUCUGUCCGCUCGCUGUCUCCUGCUGACAUGGCGAGACAACGAGAAGCUCCUGAUGAGGAUUCCCACGCACGAGAUUGCCGCCGCGUCUUACCUGAGAGAUGAUGCGCUGCACUUGCUGGUCCUCAAGACAGGGCUAAACGUGGACACCGUGGUCUCCGGCGACAACAGCCUGGACCGAAAGAAGCCGGCGAGCAUUGACAGUCGACGUCAAACCGUGAGCUGCAACGCCGACCCGCGACCUUCCGGUGGUACGAUGGAGCGGCGCCACACCAUUUGCGGAGUGGACUGGAGGCCGUCAUUGUCCAGGAGCAGCCACGACAAGAACCAGAACGUCGAGCGAGGAGGAGGAGGAAGCAGCAGCGGCGGGAGUUUAGAAAGGAAACAAGCAGGUGGAAGCUGGGAGAGGAGGCAACCUACGCGUAAAACUGGCGGCAGCUGGGAGAGUCGUCGGCCGAGGCCGGCGAGCGGUGUGGCGCCUGGAGGGGGAGGGAGCUGGGAGAGGCGGCACGGAGGAGGAGGUGGAAGCUGGGAGCGGGGAGGAGGAGGAGGAGGGGGCGCAGGAAGCUGGGAGCGGCGGCAGGCCUGCACGGGGAGCUGGGAGAGGGGCAAGAGCUACGGGAGCUGGGAGAGGAGGAACCACAACCCUCUGGAGCCCACCCCGUGCCCUGAUGCCUACUGCAAUCUUGUCAUCUUGGCCGUAGACAACCGGGAUGCCGCGGAGGAGUACUGUUCGCUGAUCUGCCAGAUGUUCCAGAUCAUUUAUGGCCAUCAGACUAUUGAGUGCGUGGACAGAGCAGGAUUUCACCACACCAUGCCGGACCGCUACUGGCUGCAGAGAAGUGACAGCUGCCUGACGGACGCAUCGUACAGUUAUGAUCCAGAGUUCAGCUGCUGCAGCUCAUAUGACGGAUCCCAGGAUGCGUUUGAGCUCUACUACAGUGAGACGUAUAGCGAGAGUUCAUCGCUUUCGCUUCAGGACUCCCAUCGCGGUCUGGCUUUGGCCAACGACGCGGGAGAAAGCAAUCCCACCCUAGCGCUCAUGCAGGAGUACAUGAUCACGCUGAGGAACAAGCUGAGUCCUGUGGAGCUGCAACACUUUGCAACCUUUUUGCGAGAAUACAGGCUGGGCUCGGACAUUGGACACUUCUGCUCCGAGCUGCUGCAGCUGUAUGGAGACAACCGCAAGUUUCUGCUAAUGGGCAUGCGGCCGUUUAUCCCGGAUAAGGACGUGGGUGUCUUCGAGAGUUUCCUGGAAAGUAUUGGAAUCCGCGAAGGUGGAAUUUUGACCGACAGCUUUGGACGCAUCAAGCGCAGUAUGAGCAACACGUCGGCCACUGCCAUGAGAGGCAGGUACGACAACUGCUCUCUGACGUCGGGGUCUCAAGAGUUCAACCGCCGCAUCAGUGACAUCACACACGACAUCCAAGCCCUUGGCUUUGGGGAAGCACAUGCUGAUAUUGAAGAGGAGGAUUACUACCUGUGAUCCAAGUAGAUUAAUAUGUAUAUUUUUUUAAAUUUAGGUUCAUGUUUCAAUUUUUAAAAAUAUAACAUAAACAUUAAAUAUUUUACAAUGUGAGACCAGGUAGGGAUAGCGGUAGUGUUUUAAAUCCCGCUUUCUUUAGUCUUAUAUUCGUCUUUCAGUGGCAGCGCAAAAUAAGGGAAUAAAAUAUCUAAAACAAUAUCUAAGACAAGGCUUGUGAUAAAAGUAAAUGAAUAAAUGUUUUUUUAGUUAACACUCCACGGUGAGCCGCCACAAAGCAGAGCACGCUUCACGACCUUCCCAUGGUGCAUUGCUUCCCCACCGCCAGGCGUGUGACCUCUGUCAGUUUCACUGAGCAUCCAGCCAGAGUUGUGAUGUAAUAGGCUCGUUUCUUUGCUCGUACGGUCAAAGGAAUAUCGGGGGGUGCUCAUUGCACUUGUGCUCGUGUGACAGCAGAGUGAUGAAAUGAGAGCAGUGGAUUAGAGCUCUGUUAUUGAUCUUUGUAAUCUGUACCUGUGUGCUGGUAUUAAACGCACCAUGAGCCCAUGA